AUGAACGAUGUCUACCUGGAGGAGGCAAACGCUGAUGCGCAGGCCUUGUUAGACCUUUACAAUACCACCGACUACAAUCAGCAUACCAUCCCGGCCUUCUUCGAACAGAUCAUGGUUCCAGCGCCAGACUUCAUGGGUGUUGAUUACAUGCAACCUCCUCCAGAUCUGACUGCUUGGAUGCCUGAGGUCGACUGGCUUGGACAGGUUGACAUUUUCGGCAAUGAUUUCACUCCAGUUAUCGAUCAGAUGCUGGAGGCGCAGGUGUCGCAUGAUGUCGCGUUGCCUUCGGAAACACAGCCGCCUAAUGUCACAGACACUUCACACGAGAAGAUCGACAGCAAUUCAGCAAAGAGGCGACAUGCAGUCUUCAAACAAUCGCCCUGGUUUUGGGUCCCUGAGCGGAACCAGCACGCUUUCAGUGAGCACGAAAACAUCACGCUAGAUGAGCGCAAUGUGGAUCUCGCUUCAUCACCGCACAUGCCAUACUCAUCGAAUGUCGUGAUACCUGACCGGCUAUCGACAGGAGCCCGCGAUCGUAUCUUCCAACUUGUGUCUAAGACUGCACGAAGUCAAAUAACGAUUCCAUCUUUCCCAUCGGCGGACUGCGUCGACAAGCUGAUCAAAGUUGGCAUCGCAAAACGGACCGAGACUGACGCUUGGAUCCACCCGUAUACUUUUGAAAGUGAGACCGCUCGACCAGAGUAUCUAACUGCGUUGGUGGCUGCCGGGUGUGUGUGCUUUGGCAUACCAUCGGUGAGCAGAACGGGCCUGGCACUGCAGGAGAUUGUCAGGGUUGCGUUGAACAAUCUGUCUGAAAAUGAUAACAGUGUCAUUCGCGAUCUCGAAUACCUUCAAGCCUCGAUGCUUUGGCUCGACAUCGGAGCGUUCUGUGGUUAUAGAAGGAAGAUGGAAAUUGCUGAAAGUAGCUUGCAACCUCUUGUCACAGCAUUACGACGUGCUGGUAGACUCGACUACGUUCGAUACCCCGCGGUCGCACCAUCUGCCGAAGAUGGAGAGGAGGAAUUGCAUGCGAAGUGGAAGCAGUGGGUAGAACAGGAGUCCUACAAAAGGCUGGCAUAUCACUUGUUCGAGCACGACAUCCAUAUGACUAUGGUCAAACAUCGUCCACCACUGAUCACCUAUGCCGAACUCACGCUUGCAUUGCCUGCAUCGAAGGCACUAUGGCUUGCAUCUUCGGCGGAAAUAUGGAGAACGCGUUACCUCGAGAUGGACAUCUCCUCAAACCCUCCUUCACUCCGAGCAAUUCUCAAAGACGAGGCUGCCAUACUUUGCCUUCAUCUGGAUAUAGAUGUGCAAAUCGCCCGAUCAUCGUAUCUUCAUGGCAUCGCUGCUCAGAUCUGGGAACAUGCACAGCAGUCUGUGCUACUGCACGAGAGCAGCGACCCAUCGUCGCAGCUCUGGGCACGCUCACGCCAACAGAAACUAUACCAGCGCCUGCAGCGCGAAGACUUUCUGCUUAGCAGAUCCCCUGCUGUGACUUGCGUGCUUCAUCAAUUCUUGCAGAUGUUCCUUCAUGUCAACCUGGACCUCAUUACUCGAUUUGCAGGCAAAUGCGGCGAGAGUGCUGCCAAUAGCGCAUACACUCAUCUAUCCCCCUGGAGCCAGACAAAGGAAGCUAGGAUCGCAAUUUGUCACGCUGGACAAGUAGUACGAGCUGCUCGACAUAUCCCGCCAUACCAGAUCCGUGGACCUGAUUCUUUCAUGCUGUACCAUGCCAUCAUGGUACUUUGGACAUACAGCAUGAUGGUGCGAGACCGAGCUAAGAAGACUGGGACAACUACACCGAUGCUGGCACAGCCAAGCUCGCCUCCCAGCAAGAUCGUCUACCUCGACGAUGCUGCUUCGUACAACCAGAGCGACAUUGAUUCAUUCAUUCUCAUGAACAGCGGUACACCAUGCCUUCACAUUAUCUCUACUCAUCAGUCAGUUGUGUCUGAGUCUGGGGCCCCCAAGCGCCCAGAGAUCUGCAACCUCAAGUAUCCCUCACAAGUUAUGAAGGUCGGCGUCAGGCUGCUCGAUGCAACACAUCCUGAUGUCGAUCGUGAGACUGGGCCCCCGCUUAUGAGGGCUCUGUGCGGACUGAUGGAAGAACUUGGAGGCCUUCGAUAA